UGAAACAGAGAUAAAUUAAUAAAGUCAAACUGCAAUAAAUCAAUUGGGCCGGCACCAAGAGAGACAAAAAAUCAUGGCUGACAUUAAUAUGAUGCUGAAGAUCUUUCCUUUAUGAAACAAUAAUGCAAAUCAUUAAUUAAAAAAGAAAAAUGAAGUUUCUGAUGGAGAUGGACAUGCAGUCUUCCUCUUUCGACUGAUAUUUUUUUAAGUUUAAGAAAAGCCGCCAAUCCUGAUGAUUAUUGAUGUGUUGAAUCUAAAAGCCAGAUUCCAACAAGACAUGACAAUUAUUGAAUUUAUUUAAAGAAUAUCUACUCGUUGAGAAAAAAGCUAAAAGCUAAAAGCUAAAACCCACAACUUCAUCAUCUCUCAAUCUGCUUACGAUUAUGGCAGCAGCUAAGCGAAUUUCCCAUGCUAACACAUCUUCACCAUAUUCUUCUGGGUAUAAAGCUUCUAAGAAACCAAGGAGCGCAGUUACACAACUUACCAGCUUGUUCUUACUCUUGAUCCUCCUGUUUCCAAUUACUGUGGUGCGGGGUUUAUCUGGGCAGCAGCAAAGAUUAAAGCAGGGAAGCUCUUUGUCUGUUGAGAAUCUGAAUAACUUGCUGGUUUCUCCUAAGGGGACUUUCUCAAGUGGAUUCUAUAAGGUGGGAAAAAACGCCUAUUGCUUUUCAAUCUGGUUCACCAAUUCUUUUGACAAAACUGUUGUUUGGAUAGCAAAUAGAGAUAAUCCUGUUAAUGGAAAGAAUUCUCGGUUGACCAUCCAUGGAAAUGGCAACCUGGCCUUAACUGAUGGUGAUGGUUCAACUGUAUGGUCGACCAAUACAUUUUUGGAAUCAGGAGAAGAAGUAAGGCUUCUUGAAACUGGCAAUCUGGUAUUAACCAACAAAGCAGGGAGAAUCAUUUGGGAGAGUUUCAAAUUUCCUACAGAUACCCUGCUUGCAUUGCAGCCACUUACCAAGAAUACAACCUUGGUCUCUGCAAGAAACCAAGGUAAGUUCCUAUCAGGAUUCUACAACUUGAAAUUUGAUGAUAACAAUGUCUUGAAUCUUGUCUACAAUGGUCCUCAAAUUUCCAGCGUUUAUUGGCCUAGUAACAUUGUCAAUGUUUUCGAUAGCGGUAGAACACCUUAUAAUAGCACCAGGAGAGCAAUUCUGCAUGAAGAUGGACGGUUUGCUUCUAGUGAUAAUCUCAUAUUCAACGCAUCUGAUUCGGGAGCCAGGCUGAAUAGGCGCUUGACAUUGGAUCAUGACGGGGUUGUGAGAUUGUACAGCUUAGACGAGUCAACCGGCCUGUGGAACAUCUCAUGGCAGCCUGGUGGUCUUAACACUUGCCUGGUUCAUGGAUUGUGUGAGCAUAUGCCGUUUGCACUUAUAAAACCCAAAAACCACUUGCACCUGCCCUGA